AUGCGGUUCAUCAACGUCGCACUCGCUGCAUCUUUAAGCGUGGUCGGGAAUACCGCACCCACAGCUUCACAAUCCCAACCACGUCAAGCAACAACCGCUAGCGAGCGACUCGGUCUAACAUGGCUAGGCGGUAACAGCAGCCUCCCCAAAGUCCUCGUCCUCUUCACCGGCGGCACCAUAGCCGGCGGCUCCAUCUACGGCGCGCUUGACGACACGCAAUACGGGCAACUCAGCCAAACCGGCGAAGACAUAAUCGCCCGGAACCCCUACCUCCUCAACAACACGCAACUCGCCGUGUCCAACUGGACAUCUGAAGAUGGGUCAACGGGCACAAACGACGCUUUAGUCAUGAACAUGACGCGCUUCGCACACGACGCGCUGUGUUCAGAAGAUAGCGACAUUGUCGGCGCGGUAUACACGCACGGCACGAAUUCGCUCGAGGAAACGGCGUUUCUGAUGGACUCGCUUGUUAACUGCGGGAAACCUAUUGUGGGGACGGGGAGUAUGCGGCCGUUCACCCACCUCUCCUGGGACGGAGAAGCGAAUUUCUUCGACGCAGUUAUGCUAGCUGCGAGUCCGGAGUCACGCAACCGCGGACUCAUGGUAGCGUUCAACGCACGCAUCAUACCCGGUUACUGGGUAACGAAACUGCAUAGCACGAACCCGGAUGCUUUUGGUUCUACGUCCGGGGGUGAUUUGGGUAUCUUUAUCAACAGUUUACCGGUUUUCUUCAACACGCCAAGUCAACCGCUGUACAAGUACUACUUCGACAUCAGCACUGUAUCAGCAUAUCAUACAUACCCAACCCUACCCAAAGUCGACAUCCUCUACGCAGCCCGCGAGUUCGACGGCAAGCUCGUACUCGACGCGCACGCCAACGGCGCGGAUGGCGUCGUCAUCGCCGGUACUGGUAACGGCGGCGUACCGAAUGGCGGGGACGAGAUAGCCGAAGCGAUGGAGAAAGGGCUUCAGGUCGUUGUUGGGACAAGAAGUCCGCAUGGGCCGUCGAGUCCGGCAAGGACUCCGUCGUUUGCGAAGGCGGCGUUUGUGCAUCCGAUUCAGGCGCGGAUUAUGCUGCAGCUGGCGAUUGCGAGUGGGAUGGAUAUGAAUCAGACGAUUGAUGUGUUUGAAGGGGGGUUUAGGGGGGCGAUUGGGCAGAGUUGGAGGGCGGGGAGUUGA